AUGCGAGCAGAAAAAAUCUCAAAGCUAAAAACUGGACUGUUAGCUCAGCAGACUACAUUUGUACGCCAAACUCAGCUAAACCAAGCAUCAUUUCGGGCUAGCUUCCGUGUUGCUCAGCUGAUAGCAAGCUGCGGUAAACCUUUCACCGAAGGAGAGUUUGUCAAGAAAUGUUUCAAUGUUGUCAUGGAGGAGGUAUGUCCCGAGAAGAAAGAUGUCUCUAAUGCCGUGAGUCUGUCGGCAAGUACAAUUACCAGACGCGUUGAAGAAAUUGGGGGUAAUGUGUAUGCCCAGCUGCAGCAGAAGACUAAAGUUUUUGACUUUUUUUCAUUAGCACUGGAUGAGAGCACGGAUGUGCAGGACACCGCGGAGCUACUUAUUUUUAUUCGUGGAGUUACCGCAAACUUUGAGAUGUGCGAGGAGCUGGCAGCCCUACAAAGCCUGAAAGGCACUACGACUGGGAAGGAUAUUUUCGACAAAGUAUGUCAAACCAUGCAACAGUUGGAUCUGGACUGGGCAAAGCUUGCCAGCAUCACGACUGACGGAGCCCCUAGUAUGGUGGGCGCAUCUCGGAGUUUAAUAGGACGCAUGAACCGGGAGAUGGAAGAACGGGGUCUCACCGCCCUGCUACAAAUACACUGCCUAAUUCACCAGCAAGCGCUGUGCUGCAAAGUGUUGAAGUGGGAUUCUGUCAUGAAGGUUGUGGUAUCGUGCAUAAACAUCAGAGCAAAUGGACUUAAACACAGGCAGUUCCAACAAUUCUUGUCUGAACUAGAGUCUGCGUACGGAGAUGUGCUGUACUACACAGAGAUCCGAUGGUUAAGCCGCGGCAAAGUUUUGAGGCGUUUUUACGAGCUGCUACCUGAAAUUAACGCAUUUCUUCAGUUAAAAGGCAAAACGGUCCCAGAGCUGAUCGACCCAGCAUGGAAAUGGCACCUCGCAUUUUUAACAGACGUGACAGAAAUGCUGAACGGCCUUAACUUGCAGCUACAAGGGAAGGGGAAACUCAUUUGCGACAUGUAUUCCCACAUAAAAGCAUUUGAGGUGAAACUAGCGCUGGUUUUGGAACAAGUGAAAAAGCACAACUUCACCCAUCUCCCUGCUACCCAAAGCUUUUCUGCAGAGAAGCCAGCUGUCGCGUUCCCAGGUGAAAAGUGUGUGGAAGCACUUUAAAUACUGAAGGCGGAGUUUGGUGUACGAUUCCGUGAACUACAUGUUCAUGCAAAAGAAAUCCGUCUUUUUCAGAACCCUUUUGUUGCCGACAUCGAUGAAGCCCAGCCUUCUUAUCAGUUUGAGCUGGCCGAGUUACAGAACUGUGAUGUUCUGAAAGACGCAUUCAAGCCCAACAGUCCCAUUGACUUCUAUGCCGCCCUCCCAAAUGACACCUACCCUAACAUAAAAAAACACGCAAUGAAGAUGUCCACACUUUUUGGCAGCACGUAUAUCUGCGAGCAAACCUUUUCACGCAUGAAACUCCUGAAAACUCCAACGAGAUCAAGAUUGACAGAUGAACAUUUGCAUCUGUGUUUGAGACUGGCUGUGACUAGAAUGGAACCGGACAUUCAACUUCUCACCAGCCAGAUGCAGGCUCACAAUUCACACUGAUGAACAUACAGUACAUAGGUUGGCGUAUUGUGGAGUAUCAGAUGAAGGCUGUUCUGCU